AGCGGCAAGUCGGAAUGGAAUAUUCUGGGCAAGAAGGUGAGGGCGACCGCCCACUGGAAUCUGGGUACCGCGCUCGCGACGGUUGAGCUGUGCUUGAGGCUAGGUAAAGAAAUAGCGACUGAGGAAGGGAUCGAUGACCAGCAGAGCGGAGGGAAUUAGGGCACGAAUGGGGAUGGGGAACGAAACGAGGGAUCAGCCAGGGAUCGAGAGUCGGCCAAACUGGAAGGAACCUGAGAAGACGGAAAAAAACGCCUCAAUUGGAGAAAGUUCGGGGAAAGCUGGGGGCAGCAAAAAGGGACCUCAGGAAAACAGGGAAGGGGGAAAUGAUAUGAGAACAAGCCCUCGGAACUCAGCAGGAGCCACCCCUAAAAAGACAAAAGUCUCGGAUGCCAGUCGUAAAUCGGCAGAGAUAGAAAAGCAGACUGCAGAAUUUAAGGCAAGGCUUAUCGAGCAGAUGAUGGUCGAGGAUGAAGAGGACCCCCAGGGCGCAGGGUCACGUGAGGGACGCAGGACCGAUCAGGACGAGGCCAGGUAUGAGGGGAAGGAUAAUAGUCACAAAGGAACACCUAGUAAGAAGGGGAAGGACAAGAACGACCCCCCGACGGAGGAGACGGAAAACGUUAUGACCCCGUCUGCCAUCGACAGCGGCACUAGUCGACUGCCAGCCACGUCGAAAGUAACAGGGGCGUGCGACGGACUCUGGAGCCUUAGGGAAAGGGUGCUAGGAUCGUUUGACCCAGAAGGAACGCCGAAAACCAAGGAGAAGCAGAGGGAAAGCAAGGAAGGGGAAGGGACCAAUGCAGCUAGAGAAGCAGAUAGCUCCGAAGGUGGUCUCAAGAGGAUAGUCACCACCCUCACCCGGGCACUAAACAAGAACCAGGGAUAUCUCGCAGAUGCAAAGAAGAAACUCACAUUCGACGGGGCAAACAUUACGGAGUUCCUGAUAGACUAUGAGAACCUAGCAGCUUUACUAAAAUGGACGGAAGAGGAAAAGAUGGAGCACCUAGGGCAGCACGUGUCGCUAAGCUUGGGAAGGGACAUUAUGACCAUCGUCGCGUCUAGUGGAUCCUGGAAAGAAACCAAGAACGAGAUGAUGAGGAAAUACAUGAAGGCAAAGAAAAUGGCAACAAAGGCCGAAUUAGCCGCAGUCCAAAGGAGAAACUCUGCGAAUUUCCGGGACUUGUACUCGGGAUAUGAUCAGUUGCCGCUUGAUGCGCGGGAUAGACCGUACACCGCAAUGCACACCCCCGUAGGACAGUUGCAGAUGCAAGGUACCCCUAUGGGUUUCACAAAUGUGGUAGCAGAGGAGCAGAGGAGGAUGCUCGCCAUCACAGGGGAUAUGUUUCCAGAAAAGUGUGAACCGUAUAUAGAUGAUAAUCCCGUAAAAGGCGCAAGGUACAAGGUCGAGACGGAGGUCGAGCCGGGUGUGCGAAAAUUUGUUAGGGAUCACCUGCAGGAUAUCAAGGAUCUCCUACAAUGGUUCUUGCUCUAUAAUAUUACCGCAAGCUAUAAUAUUACCGCAAGUGGGCCAAAGAGCAUCCUGGUCGUCCCGGAGGUAACUAUACUGGGAUUUCGCUGUGGGGCCUAUAGGAGGAGACCCGACCUAGCAAAGACAGAUAAGAUCUCUCAGUGGCCGACACCCCUGCAUACCACGACGGAAGUACAAGCCUUCCUAGGGGUGGUUGGAUUCUGGAGGAUCUUCAUCAAAGGGUUCGCAAAGAUAGCAGAACCUUUCCGCGCAAUGAUUAGGGAAAGUGGCACUAUGGAUUGGACUGAGGAUAGGGAAGAGGCAGCCCAGACCCUGAAAGACAUCUUGUCGUCUGAUCAGGUUAUCUUAGCAGCACUCUGCUUCAAUGACGAAGUAGGACGGCCCUUCAUCCUAGAGACAGAUGGCGGCCCAAUGGCAGUAGGAGGCGUAUUGAUAAAGAAAAACGAGCAGGGCAAGGAAAGACCAAUCAGAUUCGAGAGUAGGACCUUGAAUUCGGCAGAACGGCGGUACUCGCAGUUCAAGAAGGAGGUCUUAGCAAUCCUACAUUGCCUGAAGACCUUCCAGGACUAUCUGUUCAGAAGGCGAUUCAUCUUAAGGAUCGAUCCCACCAAUGUUGUCGGGGCACUGAAAAAUUACAAGCCUAUAGAUCCGACCAUCGGCAGAUGGAUAGGCUUCAUAUGGCAGUUCGACUACAAGGUCGAGCGGAUCGCGGGGCUUCGGAACAGGGCGGAUGGGCUGAGUAGGGUAUGCAUCACGCCGGAGGGAAUAGAGGACGCGGAACCAAUUGACGCCUUCCUAGAUUACGAAGGGGGGGUCCUUGUUGUGGAUAACGAAAUGACCGACUCAACGCUUACAACAUGCCAAUUGCUGAUUCAGACCUUGGAAAAGGGAACGCCUGCAGUAGUUGCAGAACUCAGGGAAGGACCAGUCACCACAGUCAGGCGCAAAGGGGGAAAAAGACUCAUUGGGUGCGGUCGUAGGGCCCAAGGGGGAACUGAUGGGAAUGGCAAUAGAGGAGGGCGGGACGCCGUGAUGAACCUAGCAGAAGCCUGGGUGCAAAGGGAGCGACAAUAUUUAGUUAACCAGAAUCAAGAAGGGCAGGAUGGUGAUAAAAAAGAGCAGGAAUUUUUCCUCAUACAGAUGUACGAGGGCAUCUUCAGAGAAAUCGGUCUGCUUCUGGUAGGCAACAAGUAGCCUAGGGAAGUCAGCCCCAAGGCAAGGGAGGAAGCAGAGAAGUAUGUCUUAAGAAACG